AAGAAGAUUGCAGGAAGGAAGAAAACAUUCAUAGAGCCAUCCCCCCUGAUGAGAAAAAGUUACACAGAAAGACGGAAUAGUACAGGGAUUGAAGGCAUAAACUUAUCAAACAUUGAUCACUCUAUGGCACCAGAAACAGAAAUUAAAGAAUUUAGGAUAUCUGUUGCAACAUGGAAUGUGGGAGGCAAGGCACCCAACCCUGACCUCAACCUUGAAGAUUUCUUGCAGGUUGAGGGAUGUGCGGAUAUUUAUGUCUGUGGGUUUCAGGAAAUUGUUCCACUCAAUGCUGGAAAUGUAUUGGUGAUUGAAGAUAAUGAACCUGCAGCAAGAUGGCUAGCCCUGAUAAGCCAAGCACUUAACAAACCACUGCAUGAUUCUACAAACUAUUCUUCUGACUCAAGUCAUGGUUCAAGAGGUCUGAACAGCAACGAUAAUAAAGACUCGAAGUCACAUAAUUUAUUUCACAAGCCUUCACUGAAAGUCCUUGAAAAUUACAGAGCAGAUAGUAGCCUUCUCAAGAUCUGCAAUUGUCAGGAGGAGUCCCAAACACGAGACAGGCAGAGAGAAAGAAAGCUUAGUGACCCCAUCCACAAACUAGACUCAGCAAAGGAAACACAUCGCUUUCGUCCGUACAGCUCUGCCGAUAGCAUGCUCUAUAUGCCUGAUAUACCUUCCUUCCCUUCCUCACUGACCGACAGGACCUAUAACCUUAUUGCAAGAAAGCAAAUGGUUGGAAUUUUUCUCUCGGUGUGGGUUAGAAAGGAAUUGGUUCCUCACAUUGGUCAUCUCAGGGUAGAUUCUGUCGGUAGAGGAAUAAUGGGUCUUCUAGGCAACAAGGGAUGUAUAUCAAUAAGCAUGUCAUUGCACCAAACGAGCUUUUGUUUCGUGUGCAGUCACCUGGCUUCUGGUGAGAAGGAAGGUGACGAGCUAAAGAGGAAUGCCGACGUAGCUGAGAUCCUCAAAAGCACACAAUUCCCCAAGAUUUGCAAACAUAGGCCUUGCCGAGCCACAGAAAGAAUAGUUGAUCAUGACCGUAUAAUUUGGCUAGGAGAUUUAAAUUACAGAGUAGCUUUGAGUUAUGAGGAAACAAAGGUUCUGUUGGAGGAUAAAGACUGGGACACCCUGCUGGAGAAGGAUCAGUUGAAUAUGGAAAGAGAAGCAGGGAGAGUCUUUGAAGGGUUCAAAGAAGGAAGGAUCUCGUUUGCUCCUACUUACAAGUAUACACAAAAUUCAGAUUCUUAUGCUGGAGAAAAUGUUAAAUCCAAGAAGAAACGUCGAACACCAGCAUGGUGUGACAGGAUAUUAUGGCGUGGUGAUGGCAUUGAACAAUUGUCCUAUAUUCGAGGAGAAUCAAGAUUUUCGGAUCACAGACCAGUUUGUGCUGUGUUUGCAGCAGAGGUGGAAAUGAGGAACAGAACCAACAACAGGUUCAUGAAAGGUUACUCAUGUGCUGCUGCAAAACUGGAAUUUGAUAACUGCAUAUCCCGAAGGCACAGCUUAUAUGAGUUCUAA